GUGCUCCCCUUUGACACUGAACUCUCAUAAAUGGGGGCAGUUGGCAGUUGGAGCCAAUAACUAAACAUAAAUGUGACGGCCAUGACUGACUAAUUAGACCCCAUUUGACUCUGUCAGCAUUCAGAUUAAUUGGGAUCAACUGAUUCCCAUCAAUACGAGCAUUCAGAAAUACUAUAAAUCUAUGAAUAUAGAAGAUUUGCAAGAGUUUUUCAUGUUAUUUUCUCGUCUUGUCAACUACUAAUUUUUUUCAAAUUUUUCAGCUGAUGGCUUGAAGCAUCUUCUUUUAUUCCUAAGAAUUAAGAUCCUUGUCUGUUGCAUAAACACAAAAAAAGGAACCACGAAAACCAGAAGCUUUUGUGCGUUUCGCGAAGAGGAAAAAAAUCGGCCACAAACUAGCAGAGAAAGUAAUCUGAAAGCAAAGGGACCACACAGCAAAACAUAAUACACAGAAAGGGGUAGGUGAGAACUUCAUCCUCGUUCCUCACAUAAAUUUAUGAAGAACUCUUCAUUCUCUGCCUUUGCGACUCAAGUUUUCCACCUCCCCUUUCCCUUCUUCCUUCAUGGUACAAUUCCUCUUACUCUUCUCAUCACACUUCUUGUCUUCAACUGAAUGGGAAAUGCAUGAAGCACAUGGUCACUCCCUCUCUGGAAGUCCUUUUUGCUCUUCUUUAAUGAGCAGUAUCUCCAUAUAUAACAUGUCCUUGAAUUCCUACGCAUGAAUAAUAACAUAUUUCUUCUUCAAGGGGUCCAUCCAUUUUUGGUAGUCUCUUUUACUUUUCUUGUCUUGUGUUGGCCAGCUAGUAGUACUGAUUUACCCUGAGCUUCCUAAUUCCCCUUUGGUUUUUAUAGUAAAACUCAGAACUUUCAUCCAGUUAGAGAAACAUGAGUUUAUACAGAAGUGGAACCUUGUUUAUCUAUGUGUUUUUUCUGCUAAGAGUGUGUCUGGCGGACCAUCAACACAUAAGCCAGAUUUAUCCCAGAUUCGAGGCAUCUCAGCUGGACUGGAAUGACCAUGGUGGAUUGUUCUUACUAUCCAACAACUCGGCUUUUGCUUUUGGAUUCUUCGGUACUCUCGAUGUUUCCCUAUUUGUUUUAGUUGUCAUUCACUUGAAAAGCUAUAAAGUGGUUUGGACUGCUAACAGAGGCUUGCUGGUAAGAAACUCUGAUAAAUUUGUGUUUGACAAUACUGGAAAUGCAUAUCUGGAAAGAGGGGGUGGUGUGGUUUGGGCAACCAACACAGGAGGACGUAAAGUUAGAGCCAUGGAACUGAAGGAUUCAGGAAAUUUGGUGCUUAUUGAUGAAGAAGGAAGAGUGAUUUGGCAGAGUUUUAGCCAUCCUACCGAUACCCUUUUGCCUGAUCAACUUUUUGUUGAAGGAAUGAGUCUCAAAAGCUUCCGUAACCGCAAUAACUUGUUUAGUUAUCUUACUUUUAUGUCUGAUGAUUUGGUUUUAUAUGCUGGAUAUGAUCCUCCUCAGAUAUACUGGUCCUUAUCAAGCGAAAGCAAUGUCAGUAAGGGGGCUCAUUUUCAUUCUGCUUCUUUGGUUUCAAAUUCUUGGAAUGUCUAUGACAGAAGUGGAGCUUUAAAAUGGCAAUCCGUCUUCUCUGAUAAAUCUGAUCCGAAGGCAAUGUGGGCUGCUAUAUUAGAUCCUAAUGGUGCAAUCUCUUUUUAUGAUCUGAACAAGGGAAAAUCAGCUACCCCUGAAGCAACUAGAAUACCACAAGAUCCUUGUGGUAUUGCUGAGCCUUGUGAUCGUUAUUAUGUUUGCUUCUUCGAGAACUGGUGUGAAUGUCCUGCACUUCUCAAAUCUCGUUUUAAUUGCAAGCCUCCAAACGCCACCUCAUGUUCUAGAACCCAAGAAGACCUUCUGUAUGUCGGUGAAAAGCUCGAUUACUUUGCCCUCAAGUAUGUUCAGCCAGUUUCUAAAUCAUCCCUGAGCGCUUGCCAAGAAGGCUGCUUAAGAAACUGCUCUUGCCUUGUGCUUUUCUAUGAAAACAGUACAGGAAAGUGCUACCAUUUUGAUCAGACAGGAAGUUUCCAACGCUCUCAGGCGAAUUCUGGAGGCUAUGUUUCAUUCAUGAAGAUCUCCAUUGAAGAUGGAGAUGGAAGAAAAAGAAGGCAUCAGACUGUACUAGUUGUUGUUGUAGUUAUUUUCGUAAUUCUGAUUAUUAUUGCACUUGUGUUAGGAUUCUGGCAUUACUGCAAAAAUAAGCAUCUCUUGGAGAAUUCUCCAGAAACGUUGGAGGAGGAGGAUGAUUUCUUGGACAAUCUUCAUGGUAUGCCAACUCGUUUUAGGUAUAGUACUCUAAGUCAAGCCACCAAGAAUUUCUCUACAAAAAUUGGUGAAGGAGGAUUUGGCUCAGUUUAUCUUGGCGUGCUUGACGAUGGAUCUCAAUUGGCUGUGAAGAAACUGGAAGGAUUAGGACAAGGGGCAAAAGAGUUCAAAGCUGAAGUUUCCAGCAUUGGAAGUAUUCACCAUGUUCAUCUGGUGAAGCUGAAGGGCUUCUGCGCCGAAGGCCCUCAUCGCCUUCUGGUGUACGAAUACAUGGCAAGAGGCUCUCUGAACAAAUGGAUCUUUAGAAGCCAUGAAAAUGCUUUCUUGCUGAAUUGGAAUACCAGAUUCAACAUUGCAUUAGGUACAGCAAGGGGAUUGGCCUAUCUUCAUGAGGAGUGUGAGCUGAAGAUCAUACACUGUGAUAUCAAACCAGAGAAUGUCCUUCUUGAUGAAAACUUCACAGCUAAAGUUUCAGACUUCGGUUUGUCUAAGCUCAUGAGCCGCGAACAGAGCCAUGUUUUCACAACACUAAGGGGAACAAGAGGGUAUCUGGCACCAGAAUGGAUCACCAACUAUGCAAUUUCAGAAAAGAGUGAUGUGUACAGCUAUGGGAUGGUCCUGCUUGAGAUUAUUGGAGGAAGGAGGAAUUAUGAUCAAUGGGAAGGCUCAGAGAAAGCGCAUUUUCCUUCAUAUGCUUUUAGGAUGAUGGAAGAAGGAAAAUUGAAGCAAAUUCUUGACCCAAUGAUAGACGUUGAAGAGAAUGAUGAAAGAUCUCUCACUGCAGCCAAGGUUGCUCUUUGGUGCGUCCAAGAUGACAUGAGUUUAAGGCCUCCAAUGACCAAAGUUGUUCAAAUGCUUGAAGGUGUUAUCCCUGUACCUGAGCCCCCAUCAUUAUCUACUUCAAGUUCUUAUUCAUCAUUCCUAAAAAUGGGUAAUGACCAAGCUUCUUCAUCAACACAGGGUUCUUUUUACAGCAAUGUACCCCUAUCCUGCGUUCAGUUAUCAGGACCUAGAUGAAAAAAGUAAUCAUAAACUAAGAAUAUGUCCUCAUGAUGUUUCUGUACAAGGAUAUAAGAAGUUUUGCGUGCACUUCAA